GCCGGAAGUGCCCCUCUGCGGACGGGGAAGCGGGCAGGCACGCAGGGCUCGGCGUCGGCGGGACGCGCGGGGCCGACCGAUUCGGCUCAGCGAAAGGGGAGACGAGUCGGAGUAGGCCGGCAACAGUUCCAAGCAUGCGUAGAGCCGACCGGCUGGGCGCUGGGAAAGCCUGGCGAGAGCGCGCGGUCGGGAGAGGGGACGGUUACUUCCCGGAAGAGGCGGGGCCACGUGGGGAGGCGCCGAAUUAGAAGCGCGCCCCGCGGCUUCCCGCGUCGGGGUGCUGCGCCCCAAACGUUGGCCUUUGCUUAGGGCAAAAGGAGGGAAGGCAUUUCCUUUUCUUUCCUUUUUAAUUUUUUUUUUUUUUUGAGAAAGUUUGUAAACCUGGAGGCAGCAACUGUUAGGAUUCAGGCCAAAGUGGUAAAUGACGGAGGGGGCGUCUUCCAAAACCGAGGAGAGAGGGUUGUCCGGUCUUAUGAAGUGUGUUUCAAGUAACAUCAGGUAAUCACCAGAAUGGGAGUGAACGACUUGUGGCAAAUUUUGGAGCCUGUUAAGCAGCACAUCCACUUGCAUCAUCUUUGUGGGAAAACCAUUGCAGUUGAUCUGAGUCUCUGGGUAUGUGAAGCACAGACAGUCAAAAAAAUGAUUGGAACAGUCAUGAAGCCCCACCUCAGGAAUUUAUUUUUUCGUAUCUCAUAUUUAACACUAAUGGACGUAAAACUGGUAUUCGUUAUGGAAGGGGAACCCCCGAAGCUGAAAGCUGAUGUCAUAAGCAGGAGGAAUCAGAUUCGGUAUGGGCCUUCUGGAAAAACAUGGUCUCAGAAAGCAGGGAGAUCACAUUUUAAAUCCGUCUUAAAAGAGUGUCUCGAUAUGCUGGAAUGCUUAGGAAUUCCCUGGGUCCAAGCUGCUGGGGAAGCUGAAGCCAUGUGUGCUUAUCUUAAUGCCAGUGGUCAUGUAGAUGGCUGUCUCACCAAUGAUGGAGAUGCUUUCCUCUAUGGUGCCCAGACUGUUUAUAGGAAUUUCACUAUGAAUACCAAGGAUCCACAUGUUGAUUGUUAUACAGCGUCAUCUAUCAAGAGUAAACUAGGUUUGGAUAGAGAUGCUCUGGUUGGACUAGCAAUACUACUUGGCUGUGAUUAUCUUCCGAAGGGAGUCCCUGGAGUUGGCAAAGAGCAAGCAUUGAAACUUAUACAGAUUUUGAAGGGGCAAAGUUUACUUCAAAGAUUUACACAGUGGAGUGAAGAAUCUUGCUCUGAUCCACAACCACUAGCUAUUAAAAAACUGGCCCAUUGUUCUGUGUGUUCCCAUCCAGGUUCACCUAAGGAUCAUGUACGUAAUGGAUGCAAACUAUGUAAAACUAAUCGAUACUGUGAACCACAUGAUUACGAAUACUGUUGUCCUUGUGACUGGCACCGUACCCAGCAUGAGAGACAAUUGAUUGCGGUAGAGAAUAACAUUAAGAAAAAAGCAUGCAGUUGCGAGGGAUUCCCAUUCUAUGAGGUUACUCAAGAAUUCCUUUUAAACAAGGAUAAAUUGGUGAAGGUAAUCAGGUACCAAAGACCUGAUUUAUUAUUGUUUCAGAGAUUUACUCUUGAAAAAAUGGAAUGGCCCGAUCACUAUGCAUGUGAGAAAUUGUUAGUACUUUUGACCCACUAUGACAUGAUAGAAAGAAAGCUCGGUAGAAGGAAUUCAAAUCAACUACAGCCAAUUCGAAUUGUUAAAUCUCGGAUCAGAAAUGGAAUUCAUUGCUUUGAAAUAGAAUGGGAGAAGCCUGAACAUUAUGCUAUAGAAGAUCAACAUGGAGAAUUGGUUCUACAAACAAUAGAAGAAAAAUCAUUGUUUGAAGCGGCUUAUCCUGAGAUUGUUGCUGUUUAUCAAAAACAAAACUUAGAACUGAAAGGGAAAGGGAAGAAACAAAAAUGCAUGAAAAUUAAGUCUAAAGAAAACAGACAGCCAGAAUCAGAUAAUAUGAUGAGUUUCCAGUCACAGAUGAAUUUAAACCCCACAUGUGAAGUCUUUUCUAAGCAGAAUUCCAAGUUAAGUUUGGAAAUUACCCCUGAUGGUGCAUUACCCCAGAAAUCUAUUUCUGCCUCAUUGAAUAGCUUGAUGUUACCUGAAGAUACUCCCUGUUUGAAUACACAAGAGUACUUAAUGUCUUCUCCAAGACCUUUGGCUAUGCAGCAAGUUCUAGCUGUCAGUAAGUCUCUAAUUCCAGAAUCUUGUCAACCUGGUACCUCAUCCCAUAACAUGUCAGCAAUUGCUGAUCUACACUUAAGCACCAUUGACUGGGAAGGUACUUCUUUUAGUAAUUCUCCAGCUAUUCCAAGUAACACUUCUUCUCUCAGUUUAAAGUCAGAUCUUGAAAUAGCCAUCCCUGAAAAUUUUAAAAAUAUCCCAGCACAAUUAACAUGUGAAUCAGAAUGGUACACCACAAACAUUAAUAAAGUGUUGGGUCAGGAUCUUCAGAAGACUACUGCUGAAGAGCAUCUACUUUCUGGCAUUACUUAUUUACAUCUUCAGGAUUUGCCUUUAAAGGAACGAAUACGUAUAAAAUCAUCAUAUCCGCAGGAUAAUGCGCAAGCAAAUGUUGACCUGAAAACUUUGUCCCUACUUACCAUAAAUGAAUCUUGUAUUGCUAAGAGUGAUUCUGAUUGUCCAUCACAUCUUGCAAAGAAUCUUCUAGGAAUUCAUUUCCAAAAUGAAUCUAGAAAAUCUAAAGUUCUAAAAGGAGAUCAGCUAUUUCAAGAAAACUAUAAAAUGAAUACUUCUGUAUCUUCUACUGCCAGUAACCCAAUAGUAAAGACCUCCGGUGUUAGAGUUGGACCACCAAAUACUGCUUUACAUCAUAGUAAAAAAGUUGAUUUGCAAACCACUCAGAAAAGUGUAAUGAAGAGCGUUUGCCUUGACAGACAUUCUUCUAAUGAAGAAAGUGUCCCAGUGUUUGAGAAAGCUAAAAACACAACUCAGAAAAUGAAACAUAGUUCUCAGAAGCAUAACUCAGCCCAAUUCAAGAAAGAUGAUGCCAACAAGUUGAAUAACCCUAAAAUAUAUAUUAAAGAAACUGAACAGUGCAUCCAGGCUUAUAAAGCAGCUGGAAAUGAAGAAUGCUGUUUCCCAGAUGCAGCUAAAGGUUCUCUGAGUUCUCUACAGUGUCAUAAGGAUAAAGGUGACUCUGCUGCUUCUGUGGAUAGUCCUCUUCCUUUAUAUCAACGAUUAAAACUAAGGUUCCAAAACUCUUGAAGUGAAAUUAAAAAUAUUUUAAUGUAACUUACUAUUUUAGUGCCAUCAGCACUAGCAGAAGCAGAGGCAAAGUCUCUACAUUUGGCAUAAAGAUGGAAUGUGGUUCUGUAUAUCAUGAGACACUUUUUCCAUUUUAAUUAAAAUUGAAAUAAAAAAUGUUGCCUAAAA